UACAGACCACUCGUUUUCUUUCUCUUUCUAUUUCUGGCAUCUUCCCAUAUUUUUCUCUGAUUCUUUUCUUUCUCUUCGAAGAAAACAAAAAUGGCACAAAAACUUUCACUACACUUCAAUCACACUCUUCACACAUCACUACACUUGAAUCGCCACUUACAUCUUCAUCUCCUCCCACCUUCCCUUCUAAGGAAGAACACUACUAUCCAUCCAACAAGCCAGUGCAUUAUUACAUCCUCGAGCCAGAACCGUCGCUUCGAGUUUCUAACAGCUUGCUCAGUUCAAAAUUAUGAUGUCGCAGAUGAGUCUGAAGAAAAAGAUCAAAUCAGCGAGGUUUCUUCUAAGGAACAAGCACAAGAAGAAGAAGUGAAGGAACUGGUUGAGCAGAGUAUAUGGAUUCAGAUGAAGGAAAUUGUUUUAUUUACUGGACCUGCAAUUGGUCUUUGGUUAUGCGGACCGUUGAUGAGUCUCAUUGAUACUGCUGUUGUUGGUCAAGGAAGUUCGAUUGAACUUGCUGCUUUAGGUCCUGCUACUGUUUUUUGUGAUUAUUUGGGCUACUCUUUUAUGUUUCUGUCGAUUGCUACUUCGAAUAUGGUUGCUACUGCCCUUGCUAAACAGGAUAGGGAGGAAGUGCAGCAUCACAUAUCUGUCUUGCUUUUUAUCGGGUUAGCAUGUGGCUCGGCGAUGCUUUUUUUCACAAGGUUAUUAGGCGCAGCAACGCUAGCAGCUUUUACUGGACCGAAGAAUGUACAUUUAGUACCUGCAGCUAAUACUUAUGUCCAGAUUCGAGGGUUGGCAUGGCCUUGUUUACUUAUUGGAUCGAUUGCUCAAAGUGCAAGUCUUGGUAUGAAAGAUUCUUGGGGACCCUUGAAGGCUUUGGCUGCUGCCAGUAUUAUAAAUGGAAUUGGUGAUAUAAUUCUGUGCAGAUAUUUAAACUAUGGGAUUGCUGGGGCUGCAUGGGCUACAUUGGCAUCCCAAGUCGUUGCUGCGUAUAUGAUGAGCAAAGCUCUAAAUGAGAAGGGAUACAAUGCAUUUUCCUUCACCAUUCCUUCAGGGAAGGAAUUUCUGUCAAUAUUUAGUCUUGCUGCUCCUGUAUUUGUGACAUUGAUGUUAAAGGUGGCUUUCUACUCUCUAAUUAUAUAUUUUGCUACAUCAAUGGGUACAAAUAAAAUAGCUGCUCAUCAAGUCAUGCUUCAGAUCUACAUGUUAUGCGCAAUAUGUGGUGAACCUCUCUCCCAAACCGCUCAAUCAUUUAUGCCUGAGUUGAUGUAUGGAGUAAAUCGGAGUUUGGCAAAGGCUCGGUCGCUUCUAAGGUCUCUUCUAACUAUUGGAGCUGUAUUCGGGUUGCUUUUGGGGAUUGUUGUAACAUAUGUUACUUGGUUAUUCCCCUACAUUUUUACACCUGAUCAGAUGGUCAUCCAGGAGAUGCAUAGGAUUCUGAUACCAUACUUUUUAGCACUACUGGUCACACCUGCAACAGUUGGCCUGGAGGGAACAUUGCUGGCUGGGCGGGAUCUAAGAUUUAUAAGUUUGUCAAUGACUGGAUGCUUUUGUUUGAAUGGUCUAGUAUUAUUGAUCCUAUCUAGCAGAUAUGGUUUGCUAGGCUGUUGGUUUUCCCUUGCUGGAUUUCAAUGGGUUCGGUUUUCAUCGGCCCUUCUGCGCCUUCUAUCUCCCAAUGGCAUUUUAUACUCGGAAGAUAAAAGCCAGUCUGAGCUGCAAAAAUUGAAGACUGCAUAGUUUUGGAGCUCCAUUUUUAGUUCAUGGUACAUUAUACAAAUAGAAGCAUGUUGUCUGUUGCCUUCAAUUCUUGUUAAGUGUGUUACAAAAUAGGUAUCCAUCUGAAUGUUGAUACAAUUCAGUGCUCGGAAACUACAGGUGCUGUGUUGUAUCGGAAACUGAGCGAGGAAAUCGGGGAUGUGGGGAAAUUGAAUCCACCUCCUGGAACAUAUAUCUUCUCUGUGAUCAAGUGUGGUGCCACUGGGGUAUAGUUAUUUGGUAAACCUUUCUACUUUUAUGGUGGCUUUGAUAUUUAGAAAUAGAGGAGAGUAAAUAUGUUCUCAUUCUUGGAAUUUGGGUUCAAAAUGACUUGUAAGGUAGGAAUGUGGUGCAUGUAUAAACUCAUUUUCAGAUCAUAUCUCAUAUAAUAUAAACUCAUUCCAUAAGAAUAUAAUUAAUGUCUUUCAAUUCCCA